GGAGCGGCUGCAAAGGCGGCGGCGGCACCGGGAGCAGCAGCAGCGAUAACAGCAGCAGCUGCAGCAGCUGCAGCAACGCUCCUGGCUCCUGCCGUGGUUCCCCACCGCUUCUCUCCCCAGCCUCACCCCGCCCAGAGGCGGGGGUCCCGCAGCGAGAGGAGAAGCGGGGCGUCGAAGAAGCACUGGCCAUGACGGACAGCCCGGCUGCAGCCUCGUCUCCGGCCGCCAAGCCCAAGCGGGCCAGGUCGGCCCGGCGGCCGGCAGCCCACCCCACCUACUCGGACAUGAUCGCGGCCGCCAUCCGGGCGGAGAAGAGCCGCGGCGGCUCCUCGCGCCAGUCCAUCCAGAAGUACGUGAAGAGCCACUACAAGGUGGGCCAGAACGCCGACGCACAGAUCAAGCUCUCCAUCCGGCGCCUGCUGGCCGCCGGCGUCCUCAAGCAGACCAAAGGGGUCGGCGCCUCCGGCUCCUUCCGCCUGGCCAAGGCCAGCAAGGCGAAGAAGUCUCCGGCCAAGAAGAGGAAGAAGGUGGCCAGGAAAUCCACAUCGCCCCGGAAAGCGGCUAGGCCCAGGAAAGCCAGGUCACCGGCUAAGAAGCCCAAAUCUGCUGCCAGGAAAGCCAGGAAGAAGUCAAGGACCAGCCCGAAGAAAGCCAAGAAGCCAAAGACUGUUAGGGCCAAGUCACUGAAGGCAUCCAAGACCAAGAAGGCAAAGCGGUCGAAACCCAGAGCCAAGUCCAGCGCCCGGAAAUCACCCAAGAAGAAGUGACAAGUCUAAAGGCGUCUCGGUACUCUCCCUAUUGGUUUCUGUAAAUAACUUUUGCCUUUAUUCUUACCCCUUUCUAUUGCUUUUUAUAAAGAAUUGAUCUAUCCCUGUCUGGAAAUAGCUAAAACAAGGCAGUUACUGAAAGAAAAAAGGAAUAUGUUUGGUACGGAGAGUUCCCGUUUUUAAGA